AUGCUGGAAAAGAAGAUUGCGCGAUGUAACUUUUCAUGGAAUGGUCCUUCCUCUCUAACUUAUCCUUUCCUUCCGUUGCAUAUUGGCGAAAAAGUCAAUGUUGCAUACAGUUGCGAUGACUGGUCAUAUGGUAGCAGUCUGGACAACGGGAACAAAUUUGGAAUAUUUCCGAAUAGCGCAGUAGUAUCAUUCAAUGAAUCGGCACCGACCAUAUCGAAUGAAGCAAUUGAGAUCGUUGGAGAGCUCACCGAUAUUCUGAAGGAAUGGUGGCAUACAGUUAAGAAUACUUACUAUCAUCAGGCAAGGAUGGAAUGUCAGGAUGAGGUGCUAGUGUACAUGGAAGAUUUAAUGGUAAUGCGCAAAAAAAUACUUUCGGGUAAUGUUCCCAUUGAAGAACUGCGGGAAAUGAGAUCAGAAUUAACGAGAAAAAUCGAUCUAGGCAAUCAGUGGUUAGGUCUUGAUUUGCUUAUCAGAGAUGAUGUGGGUAGGAAAAUGGAUAGCGACACGACAUCAGUGGUACAAGUAUACCGUGCUCAUGUAGAUGCUGCCGGUAGGAUUCUGAACGAUUCUAAACCUAAUGAUACACUUGGAGUAACUGCUUUUUCUCUGCUGGUUCAUGCUCUUUCCGCAACGGUUGACUCGAAAGCGGAGUGCGAAUUCACAUUAUCCUUAUAUGAUACCUCCGAAAAGAAGUUUAUAUCCGAAAACUUCGUAUUUUACUGGAGCUUCUCAACGGGUAAUUUGACGAAUCGCAAUAGUAAAGUCCUAUUCAAUGAUCUCGGUUCAAAAGAAUAUCCUUCUUCUUCGUCGUCAGUGGAAACCCAUCGCCUUCUACUAUGUAUUAGGGUUGCACGAAUUGCUCCAAUAGAACAGACUUCCUCAACAAUGAAGAAGCAUGUUGACCCCGGUCCACCUCAUCUUUGGCCUCGGCAACCGUAUGCUGCUGCAGUGUUAGAUCUGUCAAAUGUUAUAGUCGAUUCGCAUGGUGUUACUGAACAUAUCAUUUCUUUAAAUCGUGAUGAUAGCUUGGAACAGUUAAUGGCUCGAACAAGUACUGCGAGAACAUGCAAUUCCUUGAAAGCAGUGAACGGAGAACUAUCUGCGUUUGGGCGGGCACAGCUAAUGAUUUCAACGGAAGUCCUUCUUGGUUCAUUGAGCCAAAUAAAAAAGACGCAUCCUCAGAUUUUUUCAAGUAAUCCACCAUUCGAGUUGAGAAGAUUGUCCUUUGCAGAUGUUAUUUCGGCAGAUGACAUUCGAAAUGACUUGUAUGUUACAUUGCUACAAGGUGAUUUACAUGGUAGUAAAGGAUCGGACAAAAAUAUUGAAGUACGAAUAACAGUCGUUGAUACAAAUGGAAUAGUUGAAAAUAGUAUCGUUGUGAUCACUGCAGACGGAAUACGUUGCAGCACAACAUACCAAAGUCUGGUUUUUUAUCAUGAUGAUAAACCGAAGUGGAACGAAGCUAUCAAAGUACAGAUCCCGGAGGAUGUCGAUCAGAAUAUUCAUCUGCGAAUAACUUUUCAUCACAAAAAGACUUUUGAUAAAAUAAAGCAAGAAAAAGGACCUUUUGCACUGGCAUUCGCGCGGAUUAUGGAAGGUGCAACUUUGAUCAGAGAUGGUUUGCAUGAAUUACUAGUUUACAAGAUUGAAACGGGACGUUAUGACGACAGUGAUACCAGUUAUACUCGGUUGCCUGCCACACGAGAAGAGCUUAAGACUUCUCAGUCUCAGUUAAGGCCUCAAACAACAUCCUUUAUUUAUGGCGAAAAAAAUUUUCUGACCAUUGAAACAGUAACUUGCUCGACAACGCUAACUCAUAACAAGAGUCUGUUGGAUAUACUUAGAUGGAAGCAAAACAGAAGCAACUUAAAGGAAAGAUUGGAAGAAAUUUCAAGGCCAAAAUUUCUGGCAAUUGGUGAAGAGUUGGUAAAAUUCAUCCCGAAUUUCUGCGAUGCUCUUUUCGAAAUUUUAGAUAAUUAUCCAGACUACGACAGCUUGGUUUUUGAUGAUUUAGUCACUUUAGUACAGCUGGUUAAUGAGGAGCGCUACAAGAAUUUCCGACCAGUACUUGAUAAAUAUGUGGAGAAUUUUCAUUCCACUGUAGCAUUUUUAAAGUUGUUACCAGUUCUUCGUGAAAGAAUUGAAAAUGCUGAGGAUACACACGAAAGAUCACUAAAUACGAUGAAAAGUCUUGGCACCCUCAUUAAAUUGAUUGUUAGGUCAAAAUUAUGCAGUGACAGACUUGGUAUGGCGUCAAGUAAUUUUCAACUUUUGAUCAAUGAGCUGCUGGAAGCGUUUGUUGUUUUCAUGCAAAAUAAGCGAGUACGUAUGACUUGUCAAAAUAUGGCACUGAAACAUAUACCAGCAAUCAUUCCACAUCUUACCUACUACAAUGUUUAUAAUAGCGAUGAUCUCACAAAUUUCUUGGUACGAUUAAUGGAUCAUCUUGGUGAAAAUAUAAGUUCAAGGUGUCGUUUGAAUUUUCUUAAGGAUGUAGUGCAAACGGAGCACUUCAUCCUGGAAGAAAACCGAAAGAAGCUGUUGCCGAAGAUUAUUGAAAAAGUUGUGGAAGAGCUCGAGACUUCUGACUUCGUCCACUUGCAAGAUGUAGCGUGUGAUCUGUCCAAGAUGGAAGAAUGCAUUUCUACCAGCGCCGAUAUAAUGUUUUAUAUCAUUGAACGCCUCUUUUGCUCCACGGAUCCUGUUUAUGAGCAAGGAAGCGAGGAAGAACUUUACCUCGUUGUAUGGAAAUCAUUUCGUACCAUAGUUCAGACGACGAUUGUUUUGAUAAAUGCAAAAUAUUCUGCUUCUGUGUUCUGCGCGCUUACGAUUGCAGUUCUUAGCAAACUGUCGGCACAAAUGUACAAAAUAUACUUAGAAAGUCAUGCUACCCGUAUUGAUAAGCAUGAUUUAUUGAUGGAAAUUGUUCAUUUGUUUCGUGAUCUUAUCAACAAAUCACCAUUCCCGUGUUCUUGGUUCCAGAUGAUACUGUUGCAGGAUAGAAUGAUUUUGAAAACGAUGAAAUUUAUCAUGUCGACAAUCGUUGAGCACUUUCAUGACGAUCAAUUCGAUGCUGAACUUUGGCGAGAGUACAUGUUGACGAUGGUCGCUUUUUGCACACAAAAAGCUCUUCAACUAGGCUCAUCAACAAUUAGUGAAAGGCGGUCGCGACUUCUGUCAUGCCAGCCUGAUUUGAGAAGGAUAGCAGUUGCAGAUUUGCGCUCUAUGUGGUUUCGACUGUCGAUGGGCCAAAAGAUCUUGUUUGUACCGUCUAUGAUUGGUUCUUAUCUUCGAGUGGCUCUGGUUGAUGACGAUGUUGUACGUGAAACUGUUAUACCCAUAUUUUUCGAUAUGCUUCAGUGUGAAUUCCAUUUGUCGCCAUUACGCAAUUUCUCCAAAUUUGCAAACGAGACUAUAAUGCAACUGGACUGUCUGGUUGACGAGGACUGUGGUGGCGAAAAAUUUAAGGAGCAGUUGCACAACAUCAUGAUGGAUAUGAGUCGUUCGGAUGCGGAUCUUGUUGGAGAAGGUUGCAAAUUUGUGGCUUUAGUUGAUACUCUCCUACAGCAUCUUUUUGAAUAUCGUGAAGUACGAACAAAUGGUUACUGUAUAGAAAACGGAAUGGACCGAACUGUUGAAUUGUUGAAAUUUUAUAAACUUAUUGGUCAAGAUGAUCUUUAUAUCAACUAUGUUUAUAAGCUGUAUGAUCUUCACAUGCUCAGUAACAAUAAAAUCGAGGCAGCUUUCACACUUCUGAAGCAUGCUGAAACAUUGUCGUGGGCAGAGUGCGAAUUACCGACUGCUGUUCUGGAUGCACAUUUAAAUCGACAAUGCGGUACACAGCGUCAACUCAAAGAGGCACUUUAUAAUGAAGCAGCCAAUCUUUUCGAUGAAAAAGAAUUGUGGGAAGAAUCUAUUGGUAUUUUGAAAGAACUGACAUUUCAGUAUGAAAAAAAUUAUGAAUACGAUAAAUUACCUAACCUUCUGCAGCGUCUUGCUGAACUAUAUCACAAAGUAAGUACACAAGGACGAGUUGCAUGUACAUAUUUCUUCGUUGGAUUUUAUGGCCUCAAAUUUCCUGGCUAUUUAAACAAUCGGCAAUUCAUCUAUCGCGGAAAUGAAUGCGAAGCCAUUGUCAGUUUUCGCCAUCGAAUGCUGUCUACUUUUCCCGGUGCUCAGUUAAUUAAUACAAUGGAUGAAUGUUCGCAUCUUUCGAAACACGAUAACAAGUUUUUGCAAAUCUUCCCGGUGAAACCUCUUUUUGAAAGCUGUUGGGAAAAGAAAUGUAGCAAUCGUCUCAUUCGAUGGUAUUUCAAAAACAACAGGGUGCAAAAUUUUGAAUUCUGUAAAGGCGAAAUUCGAAAAGGAACAAAGUGGACAGAACUGGAAGAUAAUGAAAUCAUGCGAUCGUGGGUAAUCCGACGAUCAGUUUCUAUCGAAGAACAACUACCCAACAUAUUACGUUGGUCCCAGAUCACUGCUUUUUCUGAUCCAAUUGAAUGUUCUCCAUUGAUGGAAGCUGUGGCAACAAUGCAAAAAAACAAUGAAGAAAUGGAAGAAAUGGCACAUGUGGUCCUUUCUACACCGUUAGAAUCGGUUGUUCCAUUAGGAGGCAAAAUUCGAGGCAUCGUGCAGGCGUUUGUACAGGGAGGAAUUAAAAACUACAAAAUAUUUUUCGCUGACCGAUGUGCUUCAGUUUUGACAUUAGAAGAACAUGAGCUUGUACGUCAGUUGAGAACAUUGAUCAGAAACCAGGUACCAAUUUUGGAGUUUUGCUUAUAUGCACAUGCAUCGCGAGACCAUCAAGUGAAUGUUCAGUUUCAUGAGUCCCUUGUAGCUUCUUUUUACGAAUAUAAAGCAAAUAUUGAAAAACAAUUUGGAAAAGUGGCCUCACAGCUACCACCAGGUUGCUCCAUUCACCUUUCUCAGAUGAAAGGUGACGAGCGAAGAGCAAGCAACUUUGAAACCUCGAGCACUCCAUCUGUCAUGAGCGUGUUUAAAAGAAGUGGUGGAGCCACGAAAAGUGGGAGAACAACUCCGAGGAAAUCAAGUGGUCUGAAGUCCGAUCUGAAAAGUGCGUUCGAGAAUGGAAUUACGAAACGAAUUUCAUCAUCAUCCGAUCGAAGCUUUGACUACAAUUCCAAUGAAAAUAGUUCCACGUCUCGAUCAACACUUGAUUUUUCACGAUCUGAGCGUCCGCUGAAAUCAAUCUCUUCGUCAUCCUUGCAAAUGACAGAAGAUGAUGCAACUAUUAAAUCAGUAAAGCCAGUCGAGAGAUCAGCUGAUAUUCAAAUCCUACCACCUCCGUUACCUCCUCGACAUACAAAAAUGUCACUUCUGGUUCCUCAACAUCUCAAUACCCUUUCGUUUCCGCUGGAAGCUUCUCAUCAUGAUAUAUAAGUUUCAACAUUUACGACAGUUUGGAUUCAGGAAGAAGGGAUGACUUUUUUUUCUCAUGAUUUUUGUUGUUCAUACUGGGACGAAUUCCAGAUUUUGACAUUUCAUUUAUGGUCAAAAUAUCGACUUCGGUGUGACUCCCUUGUUAGAAUAUGAAAGGCAGAAAAACCUCCAAUCGAUUUCGAACUAAAACUUCG